AGAGGAGGUGUAUGUUUAUUUGAGAGUAGAUUAUAAAUUUAGAUUUUUAGUUUCUUCUAUGCGAAAUCAUAGCAACUUUAGUUGAAUACAUGUGAUUUGAUAUCUACAUGUAAAUAUGAGUGCUGUAUCAAAUAGAAUGGAUCCGAACCUUACUGGUUUGUGGGUUAACUUCUUUACGGCGGCGGGUAUACCUUCAGAAGUAGCUGCAACGUACGCCCUCACCUUUACGGAGAACAGAAUUCAGAACGAUAUGCUUUUGGAUCUGAAUAAGGAGUAUCUUAGAGACAUGGGGAUUGCUAGAAUGGGAGACAUAAUUGCUAUUUUACGGCAUGCGAAACAGGUGCACGAAAGCACAGCUAGAGACAGAGUGUUAAGUACGACAGCAGUUAGUAAUAAAGUGCCGGUAGCUGCUGUCACUGGCAGGUCAACAGUAGCACAGCCCACAUCUCCCGCGAGUCGUAUAUUGGAGCGCUACACUCGAAACCCGCAAAUUCAAGAAACCUCACCAGUACGAGCUCCGCAGAUAAAAAGAAAAUCUAUUGAGAUGUCUUCGGACGACUUGAGUAUAAAAAAGGCGCGUCUCAUUCGAUUCGGUUCGCCACCACAGCCAAGCAAAAUGGAAAAAGAAGGAUCACAAAGCAAAACGGUAUUCGCAAGACUCGGCAACUCGGAACCUGUGAAGGCAGCCCCGCAAAAAGUAGUCAACAAAAAGGUCUUCUCCCGGCUCGGCAACAAGGACUCGGAGAAGAUUCCAAUCGUACCAAUCGAGAAAGACGCUCUUAAGUACGAAGGUAUAUUGAAAAGUGUGCCGCCUACCAAGAAGGUGUUCACCGUGACAACCUCUGUGAACAACGUGAGGAAGAUCGCCGUCGGCACCAUGAGAGCCGAUGAAACUCCGGUCAGUGCCAAAGAAAAAUUAGCUCUCGCGAAAACUAAGUCAGUCAAAUUCUCCAGUCACGUGGAGUAUAAAGAAAUCGAUACGAGCAAGAAAGGUGUAGUUCCCGCCAAGCAGAAGUUCUCGCCGGUCUUCAACAAGCCCGAGAGGCGACUGUCUAUGCCCGAGAGUAACAACGGCGUCAAAGCGCGGCUCGGUGUUAAAGAUCAAACUAAAAAUAAGUUUCUAAUAAAUCGGAAUGUCUUCAAUAGAUUAGGCGCUUGAUGUAUCGAAUUAAUGGAUAAAUAUAUAUGAAAGCAGGUUGUCUAUUGGGAAGCAGGUUGUUGCAAAGCUUUGUGAGAGUUGAGAGUAAAAGGUGUAUACAGAGAAAAAGUUCUAUUAAUAAAUAGAAUUUAAAAAUAUUUGCAAAUGGCUUUACAUAUAAAUGUUUAGAGUGCGAUAUUGAAACAAUACUCUGUCUUUUUCCUUCGAAUGUCAGAUCAAUGAUG